GUCCUUCCUAACUGGUAUCUCAAUGCAGACCUACACACAGAAUGGCACGAAUAUAUGUAUCAGCUCUGGUCCUCUACGGCUUCUGUUUGACCCCUGUCAUGUUGUUCUCUCCGCCACUCUCAGUGGUGGUCCAUCCUGGGGAUAAUGUCACCCUACAGUGUACUGAUGUACUUAAAGGUCCAGGACACGUUGCCUGGUUCAAACAAGUCAACGUCUCAGAGCCUCUGUGCAUCGCGUCGAUGUACAGCUCUCAGCCGUAUGUCAAGCAUCACAAUGGUUUUCAGCCCAGCCAUAUGGAAAUGUUCAUCAGCAAUAGAAUAAUCGUCCUCAAAAUCACAGAGGUGGAUGUAGCUGAUUCUGGUCUGUACUGCUGUGGAAUGUACAAUGAGUACUUCAUCUUCACCAACAUGACUUUCCUGAUGGUUCAAGGUUACAAGGAUUCUGACAAAGAGCCAGAGCAAUGUCCUGACGGACUGGAUGAUGAUGGAACCAUGUACCUCCUUACCCUGGUUGUGAUCCUGGGUGUUGUGACUGCUGUUCUACUGAUAGUCAUCCUCAUCCUGGUCCUCAAGAUCAGACGAGACACAAACAGACACAACACAGGACCUGAUUCUCAAAGACAACCACAAAAUGAUCAGAACCAAUAUCCAGAUUCAUUGAUUUAUGCUGCCCUGAAUUUCACCUCCAAGAAGAGGAAGAUGGAGAGGAGAAGAGAGAAGGAGCUGGACACCCAUGUAGUGUAUGCUGCUACAAGAUGAUAAAGUGGAGGAGGAUGGAAGUUUGGUUGGCCACAUCUUUGAAAACAAGUUUAAAUCUUGCUACAUUGAAUCUGUGUAGUUCUAUUACAUGGACUGAAAUGGAUUUAAAUGUAAAUCAAUCAAUCUCUGCAGUGUAUGUUUGUUAGUUGUCCCUCAGGGCUACUGUAGCCCUCUCCAACUAAGUUAGAGCUCCAUAGUACAGGAGGAUGGAACGGGAGGGAAAUUGGUUGGCCAUAUCUUUGAAUACAUUGAUUUGCCAUAUCUUUCAAUACAAGUUUAAAUCUUGCUAUAUUGUAUGUGUAGGUAAAUUAAAUGUUUUGAAACGUAAAUCAGAAAAUAACUCUGGAGUGUUUGUGAGUUGUACCUCAGGGCCACUGUAGCCUUCUCCAACGCAGUUAGGUCACACAGCUCAGUGGUUCAGGGUGUGGUUAGAGAGGAGUUAGAAGUCAAAACACAACUGUUUAAUGGUCACAGGGGAAUAGUUGCCUCUUUUGACCUCUCUUAACUUAGAUCUCUGUUGUGUGUGUUAAUGAAUUGGUAUUUUUUUAUAGGGUGACCCUGAGGGCCAAAGUACCCAGCAGUAUUUGUCACUUCUAAAGAUAAAUAAAGAGUUCAA